GUGGUAGAAGAAAGAAGAUGCCUUCCCGUUUCAGACCCCAUUCAAGCGAGUCAGCCUCUUAAGCCUCUCUUUCUUCUUCUUCUUCGUCAAAUCCCAUCUGUAAAAAAUUCGAAAAACCCUUGAUCUAACCUUCCUACGAGUUUUCAAUAAUCCCAUGGCGAUUUCUCUUCUCUUAUAAUACAUUUUGCUCACCCAGAUUAGUUCCAGACCCCUCGCAUUCUCUCUCCCUCUCUGUUCGAAUCAACUGAAAAUUCCUCUUUUUGUGAGGUUUUUGGAACUCAAAAAUGGUGUUGCCGUUGAUGAAACUGGGCACCCUAGCUGUAAAAACCAUAAGUAAGCCCUUAGCUAGUCAGCUUAAGCACCAAGCCAAGGUUCAUCCCAAGUUUCGUCAAUUCAUCAUCAACUUCGCUCAGAGAAACCACAGAAUAACGACGCAGAUGCAAAGAAGGAUAUAUGGUCAUGCCACUGAUGUGGAGAUUCGUCCCUUGGACGAGGAAAAGGCUGUUCAAGCUGCUGUAGACCUAAUCGGAGAGCUCUUUAUCUUUGCGGUUGGAGGAGGCGUUGUUGUUUUUGAGGUGCAAAGAAGUUCGCGGUCAGAAGCAAGAAAAGAGGAAGCGCGCAAGCAAGAACUAGAGGAGUUGAGAACAAAAGAUGAAGAACUGGAAAAACAAGUCGCGGAUCUCAAGAGCAAACUGUUAGAGCUUGAACAACUUGCUAAGGCACGGGGACUGACUGGUAUUUUCCAGUUAAGACAGCAGCCCGGUACUACAGGUAGCGAGAAACCAGCCGAAAAAGGAAACCAGCUUAAAAAUCCGGGUGAAUCAUCAUCAUCUUAAUCAGUCUCCAAGUCUCAACCAAAGUUAACAGAUACGGUAAUGAUUCUUUUCUUACAAGAGCAAGGAGUUUAUGAUUCUCUCCUUAACAUUCUUGUAGAUCGACCAUCAUUCAUAGAUACAUACAUGUAUCCUCGUCAUACUCAUCAAGAACAAUCUGCUUUAUACCAACCAUCUAGUCAAAAUAGGUGACAAAUAAAAACAGUUUUGAUGUUGAAGUUUAAAUGAUCGUGCUCCUUUGUCUUUGCAACACUUUUUGCUUAGAUU